AUGACCCUGGGGAGCCAGUCAGGCUUCCACAAGCCUGUGGAAACGAAGGAGGAGCUGGAAGAGCUGAUGUCUGACAUAAAGAAGACUGCAAACAAAGUGCGCUCCAAGCUAAAGAGUAUUGAGCAGAGUAUUGAACAAGAGGAAGGACUGAACAGGUCAUCUGCUGACCUGCGGAUAAGGAAAACUCAGCACUCAACGCUGUCGCGCAAGUUCGUGGAGGUGAUGUCCGAGUACAACGCCACGCAGACCGACUACCGGGAGCGCUGCAAGGGCAGGAUUCAGAGGCAACUGGAGAUCA